GGAGCCAUAGGCAGGAGGAUCCUGCGCAGAGCAAGCAGCCCAGGAAACAGCAAUGGAAGGCCUGCUCAGCUCCGCCGCGGUGAAGUCCUUGCUGCUGUUGCUGCUGGGGACCUCCCUGUUGAGGGAGGUGGCAGCUUGGAAGGCCCUCAGAGUGGGCAGGGCUGCCCUCCAAAAGCCUCGCAACUGCCCCCCUCUGGAGGACAACACUGUCAGGGUUGACGUUCGCAUCCUCAAUCAGAAGCGGGGCAUGCCUGUCACACAUGACUUCCGGAACCGCUCCAGCUCCCCCUGGGAUUACAACAUCACCCGGGACCCGCACCGCUUCCCCACCGAGAUCGUAGAGGCCCAGUGCAGACACGCAGGCUGCGUCAACGCCCAGGGCCAGGAGGACAGCUCCAUGAACUCCGUUGCCAUCCAGCAAGAGGUUCUCGUCCUCCGCAGGGAGCCGCAGGGCUGUGCUCAGUCCUUCCAGUUGGAGAAAAUGCUGGUGACUGUUGGCUGCACCUGCGUCAGCCCCAUUGUUCGCCACGUGGCCUGA